GUUCUCCCCGCUCCAGUUUGCAAUUCGGCGGCGCGCGAAUGGGAGCGGCGCGAAGGGGGGCCCUCCCAGGAAACAUGGGGUUGUGGAAGCCACCUUGCCUUCAACGCGUAUUCUAGGUCGCUUGCGAUCCCUUCAAAGAAGACCGCUGCUUUUAGAAUGCCGCCCCCUGUGCCCCACGCCUUCUCGUGCGCAGCCGAUGAACGUUGCGGGCCGUCUGGCUCGAGCCCAACGAAGUCAGAUCCCCCUUGCACUGCGCGGCAGGCGCAUCGAGUUCCGCACUUGCUCCAGCGCCAACACCUUCUUUGAGUUCUGACAAGGCUGUAACUAUCUACGAGGCAAAGAAAAAGUUGGAGGUCGAGAGGGCCAAAUUUAUGAUAUCCGUCUAUAUGUUUGUUUUCACAUUGGGUGAUCCAGAGAUGAAGCGGGUUGCUCUCAUGAUGGGCAUGGCUGCCACACCGUUGGCCGAGGCGCACAACACUUGCACGAAAGAGCUGGCAACCCAGAUGGGGGCUGUACAUUAUCACGCACGGAUGGUAAGCAGGGCAUUUCUGACAGAGUACUUGCAGGAUGUCGUACAGCUUUUAGGUGACACGCGGAAGUUGGAGCUACUUGGAAUCAGUAUGUGCCUUUCCCCGGCCGGCCUCGCUCCGAUGUCUAUCAAGCAGGAGCAGCUUUUGUGUGACACAAUGAUCGGGCUGAUUCGGGGAGUGUUCACGCUCGAGUGGGUGCACAUGCAGAGCUACGCGCAGCGCCCGCCACUCCUUUUUUGCUGGCUUGUGCAGCUGCGAUGGUACGGCAAGGAGGCAUGCUUGACCCAUUUCUACGACAUUUUUGCCGCCCUGGAAGAGGCCGAACUGUAUGCCGCGGGCCUGGAGCCGACCGCGCCAAAAAGCUCGCGCGCGAGUUCUUAGGUAAUCUCCUCUGGCCACGCUCUACGUGGGUCCGGGAGGUAUUAGUGGCGCCUGACGAGUGCGAGUUCAAGAGGGUGCCCGAAAACAUACGCAAUGACAUUGAGCUAGUUUUCAAAUCGCAUGGGACGUCCAGGGUCGUGGAACUGGCGUUCAAUGACUUGACGCUUCCUUCCAAGGGGGGUGCGGGAACGUGUCGUAGAUCGCGGUGGUCUCACUGUCUAUUGGGGCUCGCUCUGUCUUAUUGUUUGUCUAUUGGGGUGAUUCCUGGCGCCGGACGGGCGCCCUUCAUCGAGGGGGGUUCGAUCGUGUUCACUUGGCGAUGCCGCCCCAGCCCCCGUCUUCAGCA